AUGCUCGCCAACUUCCACCAGCCUCGACGGCUGAAGACGCCCUUCAUCGCCGUAGUCGUCUUCAUCCUAAUCACGGGCUUCUUCCUUCUCUUCCAUCAGCCACUGGUGUCGUACUUUGUCACACCGUGGACAGCAGAGCAAUAUGGUGGCAGCUGGAUGAAUGCUUCAUCACCAGGCUGGGUGCAACCAGCGCUCAGCGAGGGAGACCCGAGUAAAGCAGACGACGCAGGCCGAUAUGUGAAGGCCAUCAUGGACCCUAAGAACGGCGGCUACCCGAUUGUUGCCUGCCCCGCACCGAACAUCACGCGCUACGGCGUUCUGAAGCCGGUCGACAACACGAGCAAGCGUCACUUUUUCUUCGCUCUCGACCUGCGCCAGGUCGUAGAUCUGCUUCCACAGCUCAUUGGAGCUGUUCUUGAAGCUGUCGACAUCAUCGGGCCCGAAAACUGCGCAAUCUCCAUCGUGGAAGGUAUCUCGACCGAUGGCACUUACGAGACUCUCUACCGCCUGAAGGCGCACCUCGACAAGGUCGGGAUUGCGUACUAUCUGCAAACGAGCAGCAUCGACUCCCACAGCGGGGACCGCAUUGGCAAGCUGGCCAAGCUUCGAAACCUAGCCCUCGAGCCCAUGAUGGCCGAAGCCGAUCGUUACGACUCGAAAGCAACCAUCGUCUUCCUCAACGACGUGGCCGCCUGCACGGAGGACAUCUUGGAACUUGCGUACCAGAAGCAGACCCAAGGCGCCGACAUGACGUGCGCCAUGGACUACCACUUCCUGCGAUUCGCGCCGCACAAUGGAGAGCCGUCCUUUUACGACUCCUGGAUUUCUCGAGGCAUCAACGGUGACACGUUUUUGCCUAUUCCGGACAGGACGCCCAAGGGAGAGCAGUGGAGCGACGUGGCCAAUAUGUUCUGGAACGAGCCUUACUCUCAGGACCGCUAUCUCAGCCGCAAGCCUCUGCAGGUCUUCGCCUGCUGGAACGGAGGCGUUGCCAUGACUGGCGAACCAUUCCUCGCCAAAAAGCUCGACUUCAGAAGGUCGUACCCGGGUGAAUGCCACACCGGCGAGCCGACGCUCUUGUGCAAAGACCUGUGGAAUCUUGGCCACGGCAAGAUUGCCGUUGUGCCAAGCGUCAGUCUGGCGUACAAUAUCCAAGACGGAAGGUUGAUCAAGGAGGAACGAGGUUUUGCGAAUUCAUGGGUCGCAAUCGAGCACAUGGGCGAGUCCGUCAACAUCCCUUGGCAGGAUCAGCCGCCCGAGAUGGUCAAGUGCAUGCCCACCUUCCGCAACCAGUUCUGGCGGCCUUGGAAUGAGGGACUGUAA